AGUAAUUGUCAGUCUGUCAUAGACAAUAUUUAAGUUCAUUAUAAAAUAUUCUUUAAACAUUUAAAUAUUUUAUGUUCAUCCUAUGAUGAAGAAAUUAAAAAAUUAUAAAUUCUCCAAACCUAGAGGAAUAAAAAUAUUGCUAGUAUAUUCAAUAGUAGUAACUUGUCUAUUAAUUUUAAAAACGCAGAAUUCAGGAAAUGAUGUUGAAGCAGAGAUUAAUUCGAUGAUAGAAAAACCUAAGUACCUGAUUAAUAAAAAAGGAUGUCAAAUUCCAGCUAUGGACCCUCAUGAUGAGACAAUAAAGAAAUACAUAAAAAUCGCUAAGGCAAUAAAAUGCAAAAAUGAAAACUAUUCAUCGCUUAUAGAAUCAAAUAAUACUGCAAUUUUCAUUAAUUAUAAAUCAAAAGAGCUUUAUUAUAAUAAGACUACAGCCGAUUGUUGUUGGAAAAAAUUUUGGCGAAAUGAAAACGAUGACAAUUCUUACACAUUUGAAGAAGAAUGUCACAAAUUUGAAAAUUCAGUAGAUAUUUUAGACGAAUUCGUUAAAGUCGAGUGCUCGAGAAAUAAUGAGACUAUCUAUCUAGACUAUCACGCAUUUCUGCCCAGAAAAUCAAAAGUCGAGGAAAGAAUCGAAAAAGUGAUGAAAAAUCGAGAAAAGAAUCAUCUUAGUCUUUUAAUUAUAGGAUUGGAUUCUGUAUCCAGACUCAAUUAUCAUCGAAUGAUGCCAAAAAGUGUAAAAGCCCUUCAAGAUCUCGGCGCGGUGGAAAUGCUCGGCUACAAUAAAGUUGGUGAAAAUACUUAUCCGAAUCUAGUGCCAGUUCUAACUGGUCUCUCCAGUGAGGAAGUCGAAAAAACUUGUUGGAAAUCAAAAAACAGUCCAUUUGACUCAUGUCCCUUUAUAUGGAAGAAUUUCAGUUCAGCCGGUUAUCGAACAAUUUUCGCUGAAGAUGCCUGUAAUAUUGCGACAUUUAAUUACCUAAAGCCAGGAUUUCAUGUUCAGCCCACAGAUUACUAUCUUCGACCUUUUUGCAUCGCUGCCGAAAAGGAAAUUGGAAACAAUCACGAAUUAAAUACAAAUCUCUGUCUGGGUGCUAGAAAAAAUUUCCAAGUUCUCCUCCAGUAUUCCUAUAAAACAGCCGUUGAAUUCAAGGACGAUCCUUAUUUUGCAUUCUUCUGGCAAACAAGUCUGACGCAUGAGUUUUUGGAAAAUGGCCAAAUAGGUGAUGUUCCCUACAGUGAAUUUUUCCUUAAUCUGAAAAAAAAUAAUCUUCUUGAGAAUACGGCUUUAGUCGUAAUGAGUGAUCACGGUUCUAGAUUUGGACCGUUUCGAGAGACUUAUCAAGGCCAAGUUGAAGACAGUUUACCAUUUGUUUUUCUCGUAUUACCCGAAUGGUGGAAAGAAAAAUUCCCCACCGCCUGGAUGAAUUUGGAAAGAAAUGCCAAAAGUUUAACAACAGCUUACGAUCUUCAUGAAACAUUAAUGGAUUUAAAUAUCCAGGAAUUAACAGAAGAAAUAAUAAAGGAAAGAGAAAGACGAAUUUUUGAGAAAAAAACCAGAGGAAUCAGUUGGUUUCUUCCAAUUCCAGAUUAUCGAACAUGUUCAAUGGCAGGAAUUCCAGAUCACUGGUGCAUGUGUCACAGCUUUAAUAAUGUAUCUCUAACUGAUUUAAAUGUUCAAAAUAGCGCAAAUUUUUCCAUUCAGGAAAUAAAUCGAAUGCUUGCUAAUUAUUCCCAAUGUGCGAAUUUAAAAUUAAAAAGAGUACUUGGUGCGACGAUGUUGACGCAAAAUGGAACACUACAAGUUGAUGAGAAAAUAAAAAACAUUUCCCUCUUGCCUAUUUUAAAUUUAAAGAUUACGUUAGAAACGGAACCAGGUAAUGCAAUAUUUGAGAUAUCGGUUAGACAAAAUAGCAAUGGACAAAAAAUGCAAUUAACUGGAAGUUUAGGUAGAUUAAAUGCCUAUGGAAAUGAUAGCGCUUGUAUUGAUGAUUACAAUCUACGCAUGAUUUGUUAUUGCAAAAAGAUAAAUUAAAAUUUUUUUAACAAAUCUAAAUUAAAAUGGAUUAUAAUGUUCAUUAUAAAAAUUGGCACUUUUUAAGUAUUAAAAAGUAAAAAUAAAAUGAUUUUUAAAAA